AUGUGGAGAUGGUGUGUAAAGGGAGGAUCCAAACAGGUGGCUAAUUUUGCCACCAAAGGUUUUCCAGUUCACCCCGCUGCGCAGCAACAUGCGGAACAAGUUGUUGAAGCACAACAUAAUAUCCAAAGGAAUGUGAAAAAUCGGAUAAAGGAAUUCAAGAUAUACCGGUGGAGCCCAAAUCAUCCUCACCAAAAACCUUUCCUUCAAUCAUUCUUUCUCGAUUUGUCACGCUCUGGACCUAUGGUUCUUGAUGCACUACAGAAGAUAAAAUCCGAAGAUGACUCAAGUUUGACCUAUCGGAGAUCUUGUAGAGAAGGCAUAUGUGGUUCGUGCGCAAUGAACAUUGAUGGGACAAAUACGGUGGCGUGCCUUAAGCCAAUUGAUCCAGACACUAGCACGACUACUGUAAUAACUCCUCUACCCCAUAUGUAUGUGAUCAAGGAUUUAGUCGUUGAUCUCACCAAUUUCUACCAGCAAUACAAGUUGAUCGAGCCAUGGCUGAAGACGAAGAAGCCCCCACCGGACGGGAAAGAAUAUAGACAAACGACAGCAGAGAGACGGAGACUAGACGGACUCUACGAGUGCAUACUAUGUGCUUGCUGCAGUACCUCGUGCCCAUCCUAUUGGUGGAACCCUGAAGAGUUCCCAGGACCUGCAGCACUACUUCACGCGUAUCGUUGGAUAAGCGACAGUCGGGAUGACUUUGGCGAGGAGCGGCUGCAAGCAAUAACGGAGAACCAAGUGCGAUUGUAUCGGUGCAGGACUAUAAAGAACUGCACAGCAACAUGCCCCAAAAGCCUGAAUCCGGAAAAUGCCAUCAACAUGAUGAAGACCAAGCAUCUCUUUGGUAGGCCAGUUGAGGAUAGGGCUUAGGCAGCACAUUGUCUAUCUAUUCUUCAUGCCACCAUAUUUUGCUGUAUUUCGCUUUUAAAUGGUGUUGUUUCUUGGCUGUGACAUUAGUAUCCUAACCCCACUAAAUAAGGAAGCCAUGUGUUUUAUGUUA